AGGAGGUUGGCUUCCGAGCGGCCCAGGCUGGGUGAAGAAGGCCGCAGGUGGUCGCGGCGGCCGCUUGGACAAGCUGAGGACGGCGCGAUGGGAGACGAAAUGGACGCCAUGAUCCCUGAGCGGGAGAUGAAGGAUUUUCAGUUUAGAGCAUUGAGGAAGGUGAGAAUCUUCGACACCCCAGAAGAGUUACCCAAGGAGCGCUCAAACCUGCUUGCCAUGUCUAACAAGUAUGGUCUGCUCUUUGCUGGAGGAGCCCGUGGGUUGCAAGUUUUUCCUACUAGAAACCUUCUUAUUCAAAACAAACCUGGAGAUGAUCCCAAUAAAAUAGUUGAUAAAGUCCAAAGCUUGCUGGUUCCUAUGAAAUUCCCAAUCCAUCACCUGGCCCUGAGCUGUGAUAACCUUACGCUGUCUGUGUGCAUGAUGUCCAGUGAAUAUGGCUCCAUUAUCGCCUUUUUUGAUGUUCGCACAUUCUCAAAUGAGGCAAAACAGCAAAAACGCCCAUUUGCCUACCAUAAGCUCCAGAAAGAUGCUGGCGGCAUGGUGAUUGAUAUGAAAUGGAACCCUACGGUCCCCUCCAUGGUGGCCGUUUGUGUGGCUGAUGGCAGCAUUGCCGUCCUGCAAGUCACAGAUGCGGUGAAAGUGUGCGCCACUCUCCCUCCCUCAGUGGCAGUUACGUCGGUGUGCUGGAGCCCCAAGGGAAAGCAGCUGGCAGUGGGAAAGCAGAACGGAACUGUGGUGCAGUACCUUCCUACUUUACAAGAAAAAAAAGUCAUCCCUUGUCCUCCAUUUUAUGAGUCAGAUCAUCCUGUCAGAGUUUUAGAUGUGCUCUGGAUCGGUACCUAUGUCUUCACAAUUGUAUAUGCUGCUGCGGAUGGCACCUUGGAAACAUGUCCAGAUGUAGUGAUGGCUCUGCUUCCGAAAAAGGAAGAGAAGCACCCAGAGAUAUUUGUCAACUUCAUGGAGCCCUGCUACGGCAGCUGCACGGAACGACAACACCAUUACUACCUCCACUACAUCGAAGAAUGGGACUUAGUGCUGGCAGCGUCUGCGGCUUCCACAGAAGUUAGUAUCCUCGCUCGCCAGAGCGAUCAGAUUAAUUGGGAAUCUUGGCUACUGGAGGAUUCUAGUCGAGCCGAACUGCCUGUGACAGACAAGAGUGAUGACUCCUUGCCUAUGGGGGUGGCCAUAGAUUAUACCAACCAGGUGGAAAUCGCCAUCAAUGAUGAAAAGACUCUUCCUCCUGCUCCAGUUCUCCUGUUACUUUCAACAGAUGGUGUACUCUGUCCAUUCUAUAUGAUUAAUCAAAAUCCUGGGGUUAGGUCCCUAAUCAGGACCCCGGAGCGGCUCUCAUUAGAAGGGGAGCGACAGCCCAAGUCCUCAGGAAGUACUCCCACCACCCCAACCUCCUGCCAGGCCCCACAGAAACUGGAUGCCUCUGCAGCAGCGGCCCCCUCCUCCCUUGCACCUGUGGCCCCUGCUGCUCCCAUUGCCACUUUCCCUUUGUCCUCUGUUGGGGGACCCCCAGCCAUCUUCUCCUUUGGCUCUUCAUCCUUGAAGUCAUCUGCUUCUGUCCCAGGGGAGCCCCCUCCACAUCUCAGCGGCUCUGACAAUCCCAAAGCGGCCCCAGGGCCUGGUGCUCCCACCUUCUCCUUUGCUCCUCCUUCUAAGGCCCCCCUCGCCCCAGCCCCUGCAGCCUCACCCCUGGCCCCAUCAGCUGCCUCCUUCUCCUUCGGAUCAUCGGGUUUUAAGCCCACUUUGGAAAGCACACCAGUGUCAACUGCGCCUGCUCCCAACUCUGGAAUGAAGCCCUCCUUCUCACCCUCAGCCUCUGCUGUCAAGGUCAACCUGAGCGAAAAGUUCACCGCUGUGACCUCCAAUGCUCCUGUUCAUAGCUCCUCUAGUGCACCCUCCGUGCUGCCAUUCUCUUCUGCCACCAAGCCAGCCGCUUCCGGUCUGCUCAGCCACCCUACACCUCUCCCAGCAUCAUCCAGCUCCUUGCCUUUGAAGUCCUCAGUCUCUCCCUCACCAUCAGCAGGGCGAUCAGCUCAAAGCAGCCCAAGUCCAGUACCCUCAAUGGUUCAGAAAUCUCCCAGGAUAACCCCUCCAGUGGCCAAGGCAAGCUCUCCCCAGGUGAAGUCCCUUCAGCCUCCUGUCACAGAAAAGCAAGGACAUCAGUGGAAAGAGUCAGAUCCUGUGAUGGCUGGAAUCGGAGAGGAGAUCGCCCACUUCCAGAAGGAGCUAGAAGAGUUGAAGGCCCGGACUUCCAAAGCCUGUUUCCAGGUGGGCACUGUGGAGGAGAUGAAGCUGCUGCGGACAGAGUCAGAUGACCUGCACACCUUCCUGCUGGAGAUUAAGGAAACCACAGAGUCUCUCCAUGGAGACAUAAGUACAUUGAAGACAACUUUGCUGGAAGGAUUUGCUGGUGUGGAAGAAGCCAGAGAACAGAAUGGACGAAAUCACGACUCUGGGUAUCUCCACCUCCUCUACAAAAGGCCUCUGGAUCCCAAGAGUGAGGCUCAGCUCCAGGAAAUUCGGCGCCUUCAUCAAUACGUAAAAUUUGCGGUCCAGGAUGUGAAUGAUGUUCUAGACUUGGAGUGGGAUCGGCAUCUGGAACAAAAAAGAAAACAAAAGCGCCUGCUCGUGCCAGAGCGAGAGACACUGUUCAACACGCUGGCCAACAAUCGGGAAAUUAUCAACCAACAGAGAAAGCGGCUGAAUCACCUGGUGGACAGCCUCCAGCAGCUCCGCCUUUAUAAACAGACAUCCUCCUGGAGCCUGCCCUCCGCCCUUCCCACGCAGAGCACCACUGACAGUUUUGACAGUGAUCUGGAAAGCCUGCGCAACGCUUUGCUAAAAACCACCCUCGAAUCUCACUCCAAGCCUUGGCCCAGAGUACCAGCUAAACUGUCCCCAGUGAAACAGGCCCAGUUGAGAAACUUCUUGGCCAAGAGGAAGACCCCACCCGUGAGGUCCACAGCUCCAGCCAGCCUGUCUCGCUCAGCCUUCCUGUCUCAGAGAUACUAUGAAGACUUGGAUGAAGUGAGCUCGACCUCCUCCAUCUCCCAGUCUCUGGAGAGCGAAGAUGCCCGGGUUCUCUGCAAGGACGAGGAGGCGGUGGUCCAGGUCCCUCGGCACGCGCCCGUGGUCCGCACUCCUUCUAUCCAGCCCAGCCUCUUGCCCCAGAUGACUCCUUUUGCCAAGUCUCAUCUGGCCCAUGGCGCCUCCCCUGCCGCCAUGGGAACUUCCAUGUCUACAUCCACCAGCAAAAUCAUUCCUCAGGGGGCAGACAGCACGAUGCUGGCGACGAAAACUGUGAAGCACGGCGCCCCCGGCCCUUCCCACCCCAUCGCUGCCCCCCAGGCGGCCGCCGCUGCAGCCCUGAGACGCCAGAUGGCCAGUCAGGCGCCAGCUGUGAGCACUUUGACUGAAUCCACUUUGAAGACUGUCCCUCAAGUGGUGAAUGUGCAGGAGUUGAAGAGUACCCCUGCAGUCCCGUCUACAGCCCUGGGUUCUUCAGUGCCGUGCUCCGCAGCUAAAGCUCCUCACCCAGUGCUAGCCCCCGUGGCUGCCAGCCAGGCCAAGCAGGGCUCUCUGAUACCUUCCCUAAAGCCGUCAGGUUCCAUGCCACCACCCGGUCACUUGUCCUCUGGUGACAAAGCCUCAGGGCCAGCCAAGACAGAAGCAGCUGUGAGCUCCACGCCGUCUGCCGCGGGACACUUCAGCAAGCCUUUCUCCUUCACUCCCUCUGGAGCUGGCUUUAAUUUUGGGAUAAUUGCACCAACACCGUCUUCUAAUUUCACUGCCACCCAAGCGGUGACACCAGCCACCAAAGAGUCAAACCAGCUGGAGACGUUGUCGUUGGGCGGGGGAGGCCAGCCUUUCUACGAGCCCAUCCCAGAGGGCUCCUCCCCUGCCGAAGCCGAGUCUCCGGCGUCCAGCAGCAGGCCAGCCGCCCCGCCCGGGGCCGCCCUGGCCGCCACCACCUCCUCCAGCAAGCUGGAGACGCCAUCCAAGUGGGGAGAGCUGCUGUUCCCAAGCUCUGCGUCUGGGGAGACGCUCGGCAGUUUCUCAGGCCUGCGGGUGGGCCAGGCCGAGGACUCUGCCAAGCCACCCAGUAAGGCUCCGCCCGCCAGCCUGUCCGGUGGCCAGCCAGCCAAGCCCAGCGUGUCCUCGGGCUUUAGCUUCCCGGGCUCUGCGGCAUUAGGGAAGCCCGCCGAGCCCCCCACCACCUCCGCGCCCACCAGCACUGCAGCGCCCAGCACCAGCGCCAGCGGUUCCUCCACUGCGGUCUUUGGCAGUCUCAGCAGCACGGGACCUGCUGGGGUGGCCAGUUUUGGGGGGAUGUCUCUGGGCAGCAGCAAGUCUAGCUUUUCAUUUGGAAGCCCGCAGAUCAGUAACCCAAGCUCCUUGCCUGCCCCCCUGCCAGCCUCCUCGGCCCCUGCCCUCCCAGCGCCCUUCCCCACCCUGUCCUUCAGCAGCCUCCUGAGCUCGCCCACUGCUUCCCCCCUGCCCGGGUCUUCUGGAAAGUGCCCUGAAGAGCCCCAGGCAUCGGCUGCACCUGAGAAGUCAGGCCACGGUGAGGCCUCGGCGCCCACAGCCUCACUCCCAGCACAGCCCGCGGCGGCCCAGCCUCAGCCCCCGCCUCCGCCGCCAGCCUCCGACACCAGUAAAAAAGAACCCGUGCUCACGCAGCCGGCAAUCGGGAGUCCCUGCACCACGGCAUCUGCCGCCAGCCACACGGCCCCCUCUGCUGAGGCCACCCCAGCGGCCGUGGGGAGCCCCGACGUCAAGACGGAGGCAGCCUCUCCCGCAUCCACCUUCGCCGCCCCCACGCAGGCCGCCGUGGGAGCAGCUCCGCUCCCGGCUGCGGGCCCAGGGGCCGUCGAAGCUGCAGGCACCCCUACCAGCAGCAACACCGUGCCCAGCACUGCCCCAGGCCCUACCACAGACACAGCAGUGUUUGGCACUGUCACUUCGGGCUCCUCAGUCUUCACCCAGCCACCCGCCGUCAGCUCGGCGUUCAGCCAGCUCUCCAGCAGCACAGCCUCUGCCCCUGCGCCCAGCCCGGUGUUUGGUCAGGUGGCGGCCAGCACCGCACCAAGCCUAUUCGGGCAGCAGACGGGCAGCAUCGCCAGCACUGCCGCCACCACACAACAGGCCAGCAGCCCAGGGUUUGGCAGCCCUGCCUUCGGCACUUCUGCUUCCGGGGCCUUUGGACAGGCGACAUUUGGUCAGGCCCCGGCCUUUGGACAGGCCACAAGCAGCCCAGCUGGCGGCUUUUCCUUCAACCAGCCUGGGUUCGGUUCUGGGCCCGCCUUUGGCCAAGCCGUGUCCUCCACCCCCUCGUCCACCACGGGAAACGUCUUCGGGGCUUCCUCGAGCGCCAGCAGCUCUGGCUCCUUCUCAUUUGGACAGUCUUCUACCAACACGGGCGGGGGGCUAUUUGGCCAGAGCAACGCUCCCGCGUUCGGCCAGAGCCCCAGCUUUGGGCAGGGAGGCACAGUGUUCGGCGGCACCUCGGCCACCACGUCCACAGCGGCACUCUCGGGGUUUAGCUUCUGUCAAGCUUCAGGUUUCGGAUCUAAUAACACUGGUUCUGUGUUUGGUCAAGCCGCCAAUACUGGUGGAACAGUCUUUGGCCAGCAGUCCCCCACUUCCAGCGGGAGCGUGUUCGGGUCUGGAAACGCUGGGAGAGGGGGAGGCUUCUUCAGCGGCCUUGGAGGAAAACCCAGCCAGGACGCAGCCAACAAAAACCCGUUCAGCUCGGCCAGCGGGAGCUUUGGAUCUACAGCCACCCCAAACACCUCCAACCUGUUUGGAAACAGCGGGGCGAAGACCUUCGGCGGGUUCGGCAGCUCGUCGUUUGGAGAGCAGAAGCCGGCCGGCACGUUCAGCUCUGGAGGCGGAAGUGUGGCGUCCCAAGGCUUCGGCUUCUCCACGCCCAGUAAAACAGGUGGCUUCGGUGCUGCUCCAGUGUUUGGCAGCCCUCCUACUUUCGGGGGAUCCCCUGGGUUUGGAGGGGUGCCAGCAUUCGGUUCAGCCCCAGCCUUUACAAGCCCUCUGGGCUCGACGGGAGGCAAAGUGUUCGGAGAGGGCACUGCGGCCGCCAGCGCGGGAGGAUUCGGGUUCGGGAGCAGCAGCAACACCACGUCGUUCGGCACGCUGGCCAGCCAGAACACGCCCUCCUUCGGAUCGCUGUCCCAGCAGACAUCAGGGUUUGGGGCCCAGAGCGGCAGCUUCUCCGGGUUUGGAUCGGGCUCUGGAGGCUUCACCUUCGGAUCAUCCAACUCUUCUGCCCAGGGCUUCGGCGGCUGGAGAAGCUGAGCGCCGCGGGCAUCGCCUCCAGUUCUGCGACCGGCUGCGGGCACCACGGAACAGUCUGAACCAGACACACCCCGAAACAAGAGACCAAAGCUGGGAGAUGCCUGGCUGUCCUAUGCCUGUUGGGUUUUUCCCUGCUAUUAAACCAUGCGGGCUGUU